AUGAGCAACUUUGGGCAAAUCCUGAAGGAGAUUGGGGAGUUUGGUUUCUUUCAGAAACGCUUGGUGGCUGCAUUAUGCCUCACCAGCAUAUUUACCGCCUUCGAUGUGAUUAGCCAGGUGUUUACUGGCAUGAACUUCCCAAAUUACUGUAACACUGACUGGAUCUUGGAACGUGGGCCAAACCUGACAUAUGAGAAACAAAGAAAUCUCACAAUCCCAGUGAACAAGGAUGGAAAGUUUGAAAGCUGUAAAAUGUUCACACCUGUGGAUUUGGAUUUGGAGACCAUUGAAGCAUAUGGGAUUAACACUACAACAGACUGCACUAAUGGAUCUAUUUUUGAGGUGCCCAAAGGUUCCUUCAGCAUUGUGACAGAGUUCGACUUGGUGUGUGACAGGAGCAGUUUGAUUGAGGCAUCUCAGUCCAUCUACAUGGCCGGUCUCCUGGUUGGAGCCUUGGUGUUGGGCCAGAUGGCUGACAGGUUUGGGCGUCGCUUUGUGGUCCUGCUUUCACUCCUUCUCCUGAUGUUGUUUGGUGUCGGCGCUGGUUUCUCACCCAACAUCUAUGUUUAUAUGGUUCUCAAAUUUUUAGGUGGCAUCUCAAAUUCAGGCAUUGUUGCUAAUUCAUUUGUGAUUGGUGGAGAGUGGAGUGAUUCCUCCAGGUUUGCUUUCUGCACCAUUAUCUGUCACUCUUUUUUCCCUGUUGGAUUGAUGAUGUUGUCUGGCAUUGCCUAUUUGAUCCGGAACUGGAGGAUCCUGCAGAUGGUGCUCUUCAGCCCCGUUGUCCUCGUCUUAGGAUUAUUUUACUGGAUUCUCCCAGAAUCAGCUCGCUGGCUUAUUACCCAGGGCAGGAAGGAGGAGGCCAUAAAGGAGGUCCGGAGGGCAGCAAGGGUGAAUGGGAGGAAGGUACCUGAAGAUCUGUUAGACAAGCUGGUCGUUGAUGGUACAUCUAAAAGAGGAACCAUGUUGGACAUCUUCAGGAUAUCAUAUCUGAGAAAACGUGCUUUUGUACUGAGCUAUCUCUGGUUUGCAACCAGUCUGAUGUACUAUGGACUGAGCCUGAAUGUUGGCAAUUUUGGUCUGGAUAUCUACCUCACACAGUUCAUCUUUGGCAUGGUAGAACUUCCUGCACGCCUGGGUUGUUUGCCUUUUAUACAGCACUUCGGGAGGAGAAUAUGUCAAACAGGGGCGCUAUUGUUUGGAGGUGCUGCUUGCCUUGGGAUCCUUGCUGUUCCAACUGAUCUUCCUAUAGUGGUAACGGUCAUAGCUGUACUGGGGAAAUUUGCCGCCACUGCCAGUUUCUCCAUAGUCUAUGUUUAUACAGCUGAACUGUACCCUACCACUCUAAGGCAGAAUGGUGUAGGUCUGAACUCCAUGUUUGCUCGUGUGGCGGGCAUCCUCGCUCCGUUGAUCAGGCUCCUGGACGUCUACCAUUACACCAUCCCCAUGCUGAUAUAUGGCACUAUCCCCAUCGUUGCCGGGGGUGUCUGUUUGCUUCUGCCCGAGACGCUCAAUGUUGAACUUCAGGACCACGCUGAACCCACGGAACCUGAAAGUGGAACUGUUGACAUGGGAUCCGUUAAGAAAGACGAAAAAUCAGGGAACAACACAAAAUUCUAGUUUAUAACAGUGUGCUUGCUCUCAACUGAUACAGCGAUAACUUGUCAGUGUGCAGUUACCUAAAAUGGAAAGCUUCAACUGAAUCAAAUUUUACUUAUAAAUUAUUACAUAAAUAUUUUAAUUUUUGCUGUUAAAAUCUGUUUGAAUGUAUAUGUAUAUUUGCUCUGCACUCAUUUGUUUCUUUUUCUAGUCUAAAUGUAAUUGCUGAAUGAUGUACAGUAUUAUUAUGUCUUAUUCUUCUCUCAUGGAUGAAUAAGAAUGAGUUUUGAUUGUAAUGAGUCAACUGAUAUAAUGUGAAACAGAAAUAGGCACUUUGACAUGUUGGAGUAGGCACAGGCCUAACAGAUCAUAUCUAGUCAAAGUUCACCUUUGAGCUAAAAAUUUGCACAUCUACAAUGUCUCUCAAAUGUCUUAACACUGCACUAAUCAAUAUUUUUAUAUGAACAAUGGGUCAACUGAUUGUGUGUAAUAUGAAAGGUGUCAUUCAUAGUGAUGAACCCACAGAGAAAUAACACCUGACUCUGCACUUCCACUCCGCUCUAUGGAGCAUUUCAGCAUCUUUUGGCUCAUUGUUUUGGUUUUUGCAGUUUGCAACUUUGCAGUUUUAGUUCCUUUUCAUCGCUUCUUCAGCGAAAUCCACUUUACACUCCCUGCCUGGCACCAAACAGCAGACAGACAAAGUCAGCGACUAGCAGGUGAACAUAGUGGAGCGUUAAGCACCUACAGACCGACAUAUGAACAUGAGUCCAAAUGAAUGCUCAAAUGUGACUCCCUGGAAGGAGAUAUUGAUGCAUCUUGUCUGUGUUUUUGAUUGUAUGUGAAUAUUUCAUUUUGGAGUCUAUGUUCCUUGUACGAGUGCAUUCAGUCUCUUUUGUGUUAUG